AUGGAGCCAGCAGAGAUCAGAUUCUCUCUACAGAGACCUCUACAGCACAGAGAUCCAGACAUGGCUCCUACAAUCACUGCAGCAAUGACCAAUUCUCAGGAGCAUCUGACUCUGACCCACAAGAUCAGAAAGCCUCUGGUGGAGAAGUUACGCAGAGAGAGAAUCAACAGCAGCAUUGAGCAGCUCAAGUCUCUCCUGGAUCCAGAGUUCCUCAAACAGCAGCCAGACUCCAAGCUGGAGAAAGCAGACAUCCUGGAGAUGACCGUUUGUGUCCUGAGACGACUGCAGCAGCAGAAUCAAGCUGUGGACUCUGCAGCUGUUGGUCAGGGCUACUCCAGAUGUGUCCAAGAGGUGACACACUUCCUGUCCAAGGAGCAGGGGAAGACACAGUCCAAGAGAAGACUGAUGAACCACUUCAACAAGCUGCAGUCUUCCUCUGAUAAGAGCCUGAGAGAGGCUGACUUCUCUCCUCUGAGCUCCACAGUCCAGACCAGCAUCAGCAAAGAGAAGAGUCCAGUCAACAGCGCCCUCUGGAGGCCAUGGUAG